CGGACUUGGCCAGACUUGCGGUGAUGACCUAGGCCUAUUCGCAGUUAGCAGUCCCUCUACUAUGCUGCAGGGAGAAAAGACCAUCCGAUCCAAAAAUGCCAAUUGUCCAUAACAUUCGUUCGGAUCCUUGAUCAGACUGCCAGUGCAUCAUCACCCAGCUUCAGCAUAUCCAUUUUAAUCGUGUGGACUAACAGGUGUCAGCUCUCAAUGCAUGCCAGGUGCUCAGACCUUGGCGCCUGCUCGGGCAAACACUAUAGUGCUCGCGGGCUUUAACUUUCUCCACUGACGCGACUCUCGGGGGUUGCAGACCGUCCCUCCCUCCCCAAGCCUUGGCUGUGCUCCAAACCUCAAAUCUGCAUCAACAUCGAAACACCACCCUGCCCAGCCUUUGGCACCACAUCUCCACCACUACUGUGUACUUUGGAUACUUUCUGCCUUUGAACAGGGCUGAACAUAAAGACGGCCAGUAUACUCGAACGCGAGCGACCAAAUACCCCCCCAGCGAUCUCUCAUCCUCGGCACUCUGACGAAGUUGCGAUCAACCGCUUGACUCGGAGACCCCGGCUGGACGAGGUUCAAAGCCGCGCGGGGACCACCUACAGAUUGCCAAUGACCAGAUUAUAGUGCCCAGCAACAUGAGAGAGAGUCCUCGGAAGCAUGGAAGAUCCAUGGGGCUCGCCGUGGGCGACCGACACCAAUACAAGCCUUGAGCCCACCAUUCCUCGUUCCACUCUCGAACUCCCCAGCCGCACCCUCACAAGGCAGCGCUCCUUCUCCACAGCCUCGCCAUGGGCCGUCGAAGACGAUGCCCUCAACGACUGGGCAUCGGCAGACCCAGGACUGGCAUUGCCCACUCCGGCUGCCGCGUCAAGCUCAAUAUGGGGCGGAUGGGGCAGUGAGAAUGGGCCCAACUCAAGCCAGACACAACUGGCACAUCCCCCAAGGGCACGGGAGGGAAGUCUAGGAAUGCACAGUCCCUCCUGGCCCGCUGCCACCUCUCCGGGGCUUCCUCCAGCCAGGACUAUAUCGCGCAGGAGCAGUUCUCGAUCACUUUUCCGGCAACCUUCUCCGGAUCCGUGGGCUGUCGAGUUCCCAGAAAAUCGAUUGAGUCUGCCAACCCCGGCCCUGGUCUCAGCCGAGCAAGCUGCGUUCUCUACGCUAGACCGGCACGACGAGGAGGACGAAGAAGAGAUCGCAAAAAUCAGGGAGGAAGAGCAGGCUGUCGGUGCUGCACCAGACACAGGAACGGCUCAGAACGUCGAGACGACGCAGAACCAGGACAGUACUCGGGAUGAAGAGGUAGACCCAGUCACAAAAACAGAUGAUGAAGUGUCUAAAGGAGAAGAUGUGGAGGGAACAAAUCCCAGAUCUCCGAGUGAUUCCCGGCAUUCAUCAGUGUCAGCAGGAAGCCACCACGAUGAUCGGCCAGACUCACCAAUCACCUCCAUGGACGAGGACGCGAAAGACCGCCCGAAAGCGUUGAGAAGACCGUCGGUCAAGGUCCAAGAGAUGGUUGACAAGUUUGACGGGAUGACCAAGCCAAAGGAAGGCGGACUUUCCGUGCCAGUUGCACCUGGUGGCAGAAAACGCAGCGCCAGUCGUGGUGGUGCCAGCAUCCGCAGCACUAGGACCGAGGAUAUCAGCGAGUUUGGCGAAUUCGAGGACGCAGAAACCUUCGAUUCCGCCCCGCCUUCGAGGAAACCCUCAGUCGCUGGAUCCUCUCGCCCGGGUUCGAGGGUUGGCCCUGCGGUAUCUGCCUUGCAACCGUCAUCACGAGGCUCCGGGCCGGCGAAUUUGUCGACACCACGACCGAUACCAGAGGAGAGGGCGAAUUCAUUCCAAGACUUGCGCACCAGGUUUGGCCCAGUCGCAUUCACUGCGGAACUUGGCGGCAUCGACAAGUUGUUCGAUAUUGCAAAGCUAGACGCAGAGCAGCCAAGUGCCAAAGACUACAGUCUCGAUGCCGUCGAUGGAAUCAUCAAUGACAGUUUCUCAUCCGUCUCCGAACGCAAAACCUGGUAUCGGAUUUCCCGCCCUGGGUCCAUGCGAAGGCAUAACUUGGGGGAUGACGAGAAUUAUCGUCGCGUGACGUGGCCAGCCUCGAAGAUGCGGGAGGAGACCAACCAGGUAGUGCGCCGGUGGAUGGAAGAGGACUCGUUCUCGGGAGGUCGCCCGUCAUUUGGAAACAAUAGGCCUGUCAAAGGCGGAGCGUUCAACUGGGAUGCGAAGGCAGAACCACUAUCCAUGGAUCAGAUCUUCGGCAAGAGGAAGAGUGCGCAGCCUCCUCCAAAACCCGCCUCCGCCACCGUGCCUCGUCCUCUAUCUCUCCAGCCAAAGUCAGCCGCGACUCACGCUCGAAACCUGUCUGCUGGUGUCAAGAGUCUGCCUCCUCGGUCUCCAGGGGUGAGCAGCCUACCUCCUCCGUCGCCAAUGAGCAUCCCGGGACCACCGAAAAGUCCAGCUUUUGGCUGGAGCACCAUGACCAAUGGUUCAGUAACACCUGCGUCUUCCCGACCGCCGAGCAUAGCCGCGAGGCAGUCACUCGAUGUCCCUUCCUCAACAUUGAACAGUACCGCCGGGAUCACUACUAGCGCCGCUGAGCCAGAGAGCAGAUCUUCUCUGCAGCUAGUAGCGCCAUCGGUGAGCUCAAACGUCCUGGUAGAAGAGGACGAGGAUGAGGAAUGGGGUGAGAUGGUAGCCUCCCCAUCAGUGGCCUCCCCCAUGGGUAGCAGUCGGCCUGUCAGCGGGGUUUUCGACAUAGGGGUGAACAGCUCGGUUGGUGAGCUCGGCUUGAAUGAUGCCUCGUCACUGCCCUCCCAGGACACCGGUGCAACACUUGUUGGAGUUACCUCGAAGCUUGAGCAAGAUGAGGCUGAUAAACAGGCGGAGCAGCAGCCACCUCAACCGUCGGCCGCAAUAUGGGACUUCUCGGCUUUCGAGACGACAUUGACUCCGUCAUUUGCGCCCGUCACUCCAACUGAGCCCGCCAUCCCCCCAACCACGACCUCCAAACCAGAAUUCGACUUUGACUCGCCACUCCAGUCCCCUGCUUUGAGCGGGCCCUCAAGGACCGGGUCGCCAACCUCAGCCUUCCAGAUGCCUACGCCGUCCACGCCGUCAGGCCAAAUGCCGUCUUCAAGGACAUCAUCAUCGGCUUCGUUUCAACUACCUGCACUGCCUACACCUCCUAUUUCUGGCCAGUCAAAGCAUACGCCGAAGUCUUCAACCAGCUCACAACCAGCCCUAGAGCCAGUGAGACCUAUCUCACCCGCCGCAUUUCAACUCUCCAAACCACCUUCUCCAAAGCACUCAACCCGACCUUCACUCAGCUUGGGCCGGCCCUCCCCGUUACAACAUGUCAUUACUCCCAAGGCUUCCUCGCCGAAGCCGAUGAGCCCAACCAUACAAUCUGCUGCUAUAUUGCCGCCUGCGAAAAGCGUCAAUUUUGCUGAGCCCGACGAGGAGAGUGCUGCUGUAGCACGCAUCGUGGAUGCAUUACCUGACCUGUCAUAUAUGUUUCGUUGACAUUGCAUGAAGUGGGCAAAUCAUCAUCAAUAAUCACCAACUGGAGUUAGGCUGUGCCUUGUUGUUCGCAUUGCCUGUGGCGUUUUGGGUUGGGUUUUCUUUUUGAAAACAAAAAGCGACUGAGGUCACUGAAGUUGGACAGUUAAUGAAUGCAAUGCAUCAACAUGAAAUACAUGUGUAGUGUCACGGAAUGAAUAGAUUAAUAAGCGAUUACUUUUUCGCAUCGUUUCAA